UACUGUGCUACAUUUCUUUUGGUCAACCUAGUUUUUUAUAAAAACUUCACUCACUGUAUUUGAAAGCAAUAAAAAAAUUAUUAACGUAUUCGUAUAACAACGUAAAAUUAAUUAGAAUGAGUUGCCUUGCUGUCUAUAAUAACAAUACUCCAUUCAAACCUAUUAAUGAUUUACACUCCUUUAAAACGCCCGUAAACGGUUCUUGCAAGAAAACACCUUCAGGUAGGAAGCGUCAAACCCCACUAGCAGAUCGCUUUAUUCCAAGGCGGGAAACUUCGGAUUACGAAAAUAGUCAAGUAUUAUAUAAAGAAACUUUAUUUAAAGAAAAUGCGGUUCCCAUUGAAGCCUAUGAAACUCCUCUCUCGCCCAAUUCACUGGAAUACCACGAUAAUUUACAAUUCGCGUUAAAUACAGACCCUGAAGCAAAAGUUUUAGCUUACCAGCAGAAGGCUCCAGCUCCGAAGGAAGGACAUCUCAACAGCAACCGGAUACUUUAUAGCCAUAACAGAUUUGAUAAGGUUAAAAAUAGUUUUCAAGCGCCACGAAUAUCAAGAAAAAUUCCGCAAACAGCCGACAAGAUUUUAGACGCUCCUGAACUUUUGGACGAUUACUAUCUCAAUCUGUUAAGCUGGAAUCAGUCCACCAACAUUUUAAGUGUCGCUCUUGGUUGUUCCGUUUACUUAUGGGAUGCCAGUAACGGCGGUAUAGCCAAACUAAUGUCUUUGAAUGCUGAAGAUAACUACAUCACUUCCGUACAGUGGGUCAACGAGGGAAACGUAUUGGCUCUUGGCACCGACACACGGGAAGUUCAAUUGUGGGAUGCUGCAGAACUCAAGCUGCUGCGUGUGAUGCACGGACAUUCCUCUCGCGUGGGCUCUCUGUCGUGGAAUCAGCACCUUCUUAGUUCUGGAAGUCGAAGUGGGGAAAUUCAUUUUCACGAUGUUCGGGUUCACAAUCAUCUUUUGGCGAGAUGUCAAGGGCAUAGCCAAGAAGUAUGUGGCCUUCAGUGGAGCCCUGGGAACACUCAACUGGCCAGUGGCGGUAAUGAUAACGUGUUAAACAUCUGGGAUCCCCAUAAAUAUACCAGUCCGCUUUUUUCCCUUACUGAUCACCAAGCCGCCGUGAAGGCACUUGCCUGGUGUCCUUGGCAGAGCAGCCUCCUAGCGAGUGGCGGGGGCACUGCGGACAGGACCAUCCGCUUUUGGAAUACUCAAACUGGCCACUGCCAGAAUGUAAUUGACACGAAAAGCCAAGUGUGCAGCUUGCUAUGGGCGAAGCACCAGCGGGAGUUGCUCAGCUCUCAUGGCUUCAGCUUGAAUCAAUUAUGCAUAUGGAAGUAUCCUAGCGCAGUCAAGAUCGCCGAACUCACUGGACACACCAGCCGCGUGUUGCAUACAGCCCUCAGCCCCGACGGUCAAACGGUUGUCAGCGCCGCUGCAGACGAAACGCUUCGAUUUUGGAAAUGCUUUGAAGAAGAUAAAUUGAGAAUUACUAAUUUGAAUAAGAUGAAGAUUCAAAAUUUUAAGGGGCAGCCCGAUUCCGGUGCAAAAAUUCGUUGAGCAGAAUGUAGUUGGCUUGACAUUUUUCACCGGAGCGGUUUUCUUUCUCCUUUUUUCCCUUUUGCGCUUUUGCAUUUGCUUGAUAAUAUUCAUCUCAUUUUUUUAUCAAGCAAAGGAAAUUAUUAAGAGUACCUUCUUUAAAGGAAUUUGCUUUAAGCCCUCACAAGUGCACUCGAAUUUUCUUAAAAGGAAUUUUAGUUAAACUGUAGUAGUUAUUUUUAAUUAUUGCACAGCAUGCAUUGUCUGCUGAGCUUUUAAGAAUGUUUAAGAUCGUUUAAUCUUUCUAAAAAACUGUAAGUUUUUCUCGGGAAUUUUUUAUGCUUGACUUUCUUUUAAGAAUUUUUUUUUGUUGCUUAAACGAUGAUAUUAUUUCAUU